UAAGCAAAGAACAGUCGAAAUUCAGGACUAGGUUCUGUGGGAUCAGGGGCAAGAAAUUGAGGACCAUUACGGGGGGCAAAGGGUUUGGCUUUGCGGGAUCCACAGAGACAUAAAUGGGUAGCUUUCACAAGGGCAAUCUCGAGUUUGAGACAGAGACAUUCCACGAUGGCACCUUUCAGCCAAAAGCCAACCAACCACAAGGCCACAACACAAAAUCCAACAGAUUUAGAAGAGCCACAAGAAUAAGGCAUCCCUUGUACUUUUACUAGUACUACCAUAGUCCUGCGGUUACACAAGCGAUUGGUUUCAAUCCGACUGUUCGUUUCCUUGAUCAGCAGAAAUGAAGAACGGCAAAGUUCACAAUGACGCGGGAUCACACGACGUUUCGCAAAACAGCGAAUCCGAAAGCUUCAGCCAUGAAGAUCCUCCACGGCAGCGCUCUGGAUCGAGGGACUAUGAGAGUGCCCUGAUCAGCUUGAACACGUUUUUCGAGAAAGAACCCCAUCGCCCGGGUCGUCGGCAAUUUGGCAGUCAAAUCGCCGUCUUGCCGCAAAUACCGAUAGCCGUAAGUACAUGUACUAGUAGCAGCCAUCACUGUGCCGCAAGGAAAGGCACUGCGGACGAGGCCAUCCAAAAGAAGCCUUCUCGAAACCAUAGUAAGGACAGCUGCGAGUCCGCACCUACUGGUACGCGUAUCAACAACACCAAGAAAGGAAACCAUGCACAGCACGGUCGCCAUCAUCAUCACUUGAAAAGUCGAACCACUCAUGGCGCAGCGCAUCACCCGGAAGAGCGCACUCCAGUGCCUUACCAUACUACGAAUACGCAGCCAAAAUGCACGCUAGAAAAGUGCUUAUCCGAACGAGCUGCGACCUCAAAGACCAAAGCUAGACUGCAAGUCGAUGACACCUGGCCUGCUGGCUGGGGGGAGGAAGAUAGUCUCAUGUUUUUUGACACCCCUUCCUUUGAAGAGGAUUCCCGCAGAAGCAGAAGCAGUAUAAGUAGCAGUAUCAAUAACAGCCACAACAGCAACCGAAGGGGGGAGAGGCGGCCCAUACAACGAAUUCUUACCCUGGACAGUCCACGCAGCAAAAGUGAUCACUUGGAGAAUGUAAACAGCAGCAAAGUCAAGACACCCUUGCGUCGUGUCAAAACAUUUGACAACAGCCAGCGCAGAACCGCAACUAGACUAGGCACCGACAAGAGAAACGCUAUUAAGGAGCAUUCCCCUUCUCCCUCUCGUUCCAAAAGCCCAUCCACCAAAGAGAAGACCACCAAUAGAUCCAAUAAAUCCGGAUCACCAUCUCCCAGUCCAAGUCCAAAAGCUCGCAGUAAAAUCAUCGCGAGGGCAGCAGCAGGCCACAAGACCCCGCACAGCCGCGGAAGACAUCGAAUAGCAGCAGGCUUGGGACGCAGCAAACGAAACCAGGACGAGUCAUCUCCACAUCGAUCCCCCAGUCCCUCCUUCGCGGAAGAGUCAAGGUCUCGAUCGCCGAGUCCAUUGCAGACAAGCAAUAGGAAGGCUCAGGCUGCCGGAAGCAGCACGUUGAUCUUAGCUUUGUUGGGCGAAGACAACACCAGCAAGAAAGACCAACGACAAGACAUCAGCAAGCCAAAAGAGACACCACUCCACAAGAAUGGAGUUGAUCCUACCAAGAUUGCAGCUGCACUGGAAAGAGCGCCUUCCAUCAACAAGGCUAUUGCUGACAAGAUUCGAAACAACCCUAGCCUCAUGGAAAUGUUUUUGGUGGAUGGGUCGGACGACAAUGCCUUGAACGAAAAGCUGUCUCUCAUUCCGUCCUCCCACGGCUCGAAGACCGACAAUGCUGUGGAAAUCUUGACCAAGCGACAUCUGCACCACCAUCGCCGUACCGGCAACCAUGAUUUGCCACCCUCGCGACCGCAGAAUCCUGAUCCAAAGGCAAAGGACAACAACAUCCACCACCACAACAUGAAUGAUGAUAGCAAGCGAAGUGCAACAUCCACUCUAGUCCGAGAUCAUGGCUCUGUCGCCAGGCACAACCGUACCGAAACGCAACAGCUACAGCAACAGCAACAGCACCAACCACAAGGCAGCAAACGAAGGGGGGUCAGGAACGGUAAGCAUCCGAUGACGAUGGACUCCUCACAAUAUCACAACGAUCCGACGCAGCAUCCUCAUCGUCGCAGCCACGGUCCUUCCGGUACGUCGUCGCCAAGUACAGGCACCCCGCGUAUCGUUCAUGUACAAUAGUGUCAUGCAAAGAAGUAGUGUAUCGAGUAGUAUCAAGUAUAGUACAGUAUCGAACCGACUGGCUAGGGCCCGAACUAGCUAGAGAAAGAGCCAACUCGGAGACCAAUUGAGCCUGACUGAAGGCUCGACGACCGGAGUGACAGUCGCCAGUACGGUACCUGAACCAGAACCUUAGUUAACGGGGGUUUUAGAGUACGGAAAUUAGCUACGGAAGCCAGCCGGGGCCAGGCGUAAGCAAAGAACAGUCGAAAUUCAGGACUAGGUUCUGUGGGAUCAGGGGCAAGAAAUGGAGGACCAUUACAGGGGGCAAAGGGUUUGGCUUUGCGGGAUCCACGGAGACAUAAAUGGGUAGCUGUCACAAGGGCAAUGGAGAUACGGGUCUAGUUCGUUAUUAGGUACAACGAAGCCAGUGCUCUCAUGGGCACACCCAUCAAUAACAUCAUUCAACAUAGCCAAGCAGAAGCUUGUCCCAAGUUUCCUCUGAAGAAGUUGUUUAUUGUUUAGUUUGGGCAUCCAGCAGAGAACAAGCAGAGCAAUACGUCAUCCCAAAUGCAACACUCCCGUGGGACAUGAUCAACGGACAAGAUCCAUGGCGCAAGAGCCAACUGGACGUGGAUAAGUGGGUUUUGCGAGGAUUCCAAAGAGAAGUCUCAAAACAAUACAUUGAAUCCAUAGUGAGCAACUUAAUAUCGAAGAAUGUCGUGGUUGAAGCUAGGUUUCCCAAGGCUGGGGAAAUCAUGAGUGUGCUAGACAAGGAAGUUAAUGAGUACCUUGUAGCGGCACAUGAAGGUCUCAUUGCGGAACAAGACAAGCAAACGGACAGACUAAAGACGUCUCAGAUUAUAACGGAUCAAUGGAAUCAAAUCAAAUUAUCAAGCAAUACAAUGCCAGGGGCGACACCGUGACUACUAGUAGCUAAAAGCGCCGUGUAGUAAGAUAGACUCCAGCCACACUGUCAAAAUCCUGGACCUAGCUAGACAAAAAAGUGAGGGGUUUUACCAUCUGUAGAUUGGCUAUGUGCGUACUCCAAGAUCUCUGUCUUUAAUACCAGUGGUGAGGAUACCUCUAAGCCUUGUUUUGUCGUCGCUUUAAUGAAAGUUAAGAGUUUUCAAAGCAGUUUCUGCUUUGUGAAGUAUUGUACUCGAGUAAAAGAUUCUUUAGUAAGAAGUACUAUACUAUUGUGUGUACACUUCGCUGGUGCAUUGCCGUUACCACCAGGCAGCCCAAGUUAUUGCCAACAGUAGAACGGAUUUAGAAUGAGGUCUCUUCAAGUUAGAAUCCUGGACUUUAUCUGCUAAAGACUCUUUGAUUGGCAUUGGUGAAGUGCUGGACUUAGCAAAGCUAAUCCUGGAUGACUACAAGUGUCUUUCAAAAAGAAGUCCCAAGUUCCCAAAUAGUCACAAGGAACAAUAGUGUCUUUAAUUCUUGAAGUAAGUGUCAACAAGAUCAACGUAGCAAGUUUAGUACAAGUAACACUGUGGUAUUCGUGGUCGCGGCA